AAGCGGAGGAAAGAGGUGAACGAGAUUAGUAAGAUUUGACGGCAUCAACAACGCUGUAGCACAUAAAGGAAUAUCAAAAUGGGUAACACCGACUCUAAACUGAACUUCAGGAAAGCAGUGAUACAGCUGACAACCAAAACACAGCCAGUGGAGGCCACAGACGAUGCCUUCUGGGACCAGUUCUGGGCCGACACUGCCACCACUGUGCAGGAUGUUUUUGCCCUGGUGCCAGCCGCGGAGAUCCGAGCUGUUCGGGAGGAGUCCCCCUCCAAUCUGGCAACUCUCUGCUAUAAGGCCGUAGAGAAGCUGGUGCAGGCAGCAGAGUCAGGAUGCCCCUCGGAGAAGGAGAAACAGAUCGUUCUGAACUGUAGUCGUAUGCUGACCCGCAUCCUGCCCUACAUCUUUGAGGACCAAGACUGGAGGGGCUUCUUCUGGUCCACUGUGCCUGGUGCUGGAAGAGCUGGGACAGAUGAGAUGGAUGAUGAUGACGGAGCUCGUCCGCUGGCUGAGUCUCUGCUCCUGGCCAUGGCCGACCUGCUCUUCUGUCCUGACUUCACUGUGAACAGCCACCGGAGAGGACCUGACUCUGUGGAGGACAUGCAGACCAUAGACAGCUGUGAGUACAUCUGGGAGGCAGGGGUGGGGUUCGCCCAGUCCCCCCCACUCAACUACAUCCACGACCUCAACAGGACAGAGCUGCUGAGGCUGCUGCUAACCUGUUUCUCUGAGGCCAUGUACCUCCCUCCCUCCUCAGACAACCCCAUCCUCAACCCCUGGGUCAGCUUCUUCUGCUCCACAGAAAACAGGCAUGCCCUGCCUCUCUUCACCUCCCUGGUGAAUGUGGUGUGUGCCUACGACCCGGUGGGCUAUGGCAUCCCUUACAACCACCUGCUCUUCUCCGACUACCGUGAGCAGCUGGUGGAGCAGGCCGUGCAGAUCCUCAUCGUCACCCUGGAGCACGAGGGAGGAGGGCUGGCCCACCGACCCCCCUCUCCCUCCAGCAUGGAGGACCAGGAUUCUGUGGGCCCUGACAACCUGUUUGUAAACUACCUUUCAAGAAUUCACAGGGAAGAGGACUACGACUUUGUGUUGAAGGGACUGGCUCGCCUGUUGGUAAACCCUCUGAUGCAGACCUACCUGCCCAACUCCACCAAGAAGAUACAGUUCCACCAGGAGCUGCUGGUGCUCUUCUGGAAGCUCUGUGACUUCAAUAAGAAGUUCCUGUUCUUUGUAUUGAAGAGCAGUGAUGUUCUGGACAUCCUGGUACCCAUCCUCUUCUAUCUUAAUGACGCCAGGGCCGACCAGUCCCGUGUGGGUCUCAUGCACAUCGGUGUCUUUAUCCUGCUACUGCUGAGUGGAGAGAGGAACUUUGGCGUGCGUCUCAACAAGCCCUACUCCGUCCACGUACCUAUGGACAUCCCAGUAUUUACAGGGACCCACGCCGACCUACUCAUAGUAGUGUUCCACAAGAUCAUCACCAGCGGUCACCAGCGUCUACAGCCUCUCUUUGACUGCCUGCUCACCAUCGUGGUAAAUGUGUCUCCCUACCUGAAGAGUCUGUCCAUGGUGGCAGCCAACAAGCUGCUCCACCUCCUGGAAGCCUUCUCCACCAACUGGUUCCUCUUCUCCGCCUCCCAGAACCACCACCUUGUCUUCUUCCUGCUGGAGGCCUUCAACAACAUCAUCCAGUACCAGUUUGAUGGAAACUGUAACCUAGUCUACGCCAUUAUCCGCAAACGCAACUUGUUCCAUCAGCUGGCCAACCUGCCGUCCGACCCUGCCUCCAUCCAGAAGGCCUUGCUGAGGAAGAGAAAGUUACCGGACGCCAUCACCGGCAUCUCCCGUACCAGCUCCCAGGAGACGGUGUCCAUGGAGGGCUCCCGUCCGGCCGUCCCCGCAGAGCCAGGAACACUGAAGACCAGCCUGGUCGCUAUACCAGCCAUUGACAAACUGACUGAGAAGUCUCAGGUGUCAGAGGAUGGCACCAUGAUCACUGUGCCAAAGAUGGAACAUUCACACGCGUCACACCACACACCUCAGACUGACCACACACCCCAGGCUGACCACACACCCCAGGCUGACCACACACCCCAGGCUGACCACAGCGCCAUCGUAGGGGUCAGCGACACAGAGUCCAUUUCUGGAAGGGACAAUGAGGAUGUUUUCUACACUGAGGCAGAGAUGGAGAGAAGGCGCAUGUCAAGCACAUCAUCCACCAUCUCCUGUACCUCUCAAUCUCACUGGUCCCCUACACCAGACUGGGUCCUCUCCUGGAAGUGUAAGCUCCCCCUACAGACCAUAAUGCGCCUGCUGCAGGUGCUGGUCCCGCAGGUUGAGAAGAUCUGUAUCGACAAAGGUUUGACGGAUGAGUCUGAGAUCCUGAAGUUCCUCCAGCAUGGCACCCUGGUGGGCCUCCUGCCCGUCCCCCAUCCCAUCCUCAUCAGGAAGUACCAGGCCAAUGCCGGCACGGCCAUGUGGUUCCGCACCUACAUGUGGGGAGUGGUCUACCUGCGCAAUGUGGACCCGCCCAUCUGGUACGACACGGACGUACGUCUCUUUGAGAUCCAGAAGAUGUAGAUAACAGGAAGUGAAGAUGGGACUACUUCCUUUCUUGUUCCUGCCCCUUCCUCCUACUGGCACCCUCUCCCUCGAACCUCACCUGCCUUCAACUUGCCUCAUCAUCAUCAUAAUGCUUGUCCCUCACACCUUCUCUUUGACUUUCCCCGGGCUGUGCAAAUGUGAUGUGGACGAUAUUGUGGGAGGGAGGAUAGCUAGCACCUACUCCAAAAGCAGGAGGUUGAGUUGUACAGGAUUCAAAUUACCCCUGGAGUUGGAUGAGGAUAGGAUUGGACUAUUAUCUACACUGUGUAUCUGUAAGUACACCCUGAAACCUCAAGACUACAGAAUGUCUGUCAAAGCACUAAGACAUUAGAGUGUUAGUAAGCAAACUGUCUUUCCAUCUCCCCUUCCUAAUCAUGGACUCCAUGUUAAAGCUCUAUGUGAAAACGCUGCUUUGAUGGAGAGAGUAUGGGAGACAUUGGUUACACUUUAUUAUGACCUUUAUGAAUAAGCCAUUAUUUAAGCUUAUCCAUAUUUAUAAAUGAUUAUAAAUGUUAUAAAUGCGAAUGAAUUCUAAUGCUUCUAAAUGCGUAAAUGUUUAUAAAUAUGGAUUAAUGGUUUGUGCACUACUUAUAAAUUGUUUACUGUUGCUUAUUCAUGAAAGUUAUUAUAAAGUGUUGCAGAGACAUCAAAAUGAAGCUUCUGGAUAGCAGCCUAAAAUAUUAUUGGAUGGCAUUGCUAUUUAACAUGAAUUGUAUUUAAUUGACAUAUUAAAGUGAGAACGUGUCAUGAUGUGAAAUUGCACUCCUCCAAUGAGACCUUACUGCUAUGUUCUUUGUAAAGUGGCAAUGUACUGUAUCUCGUCAGGAAUUUGAAAAUGACACUAUUGUCUAUUUCAGACUGAAAGAAACAAAUAUCCAAACCAACUUUGUGUUACUGCGUAAAAGUCAAUGGCCAUAUCUUACAUGUACAUUGUUAUAUUUUGUCUGCAUAUCAUUCUGCAAUCAGCAGUGUCGACUGUAAAUACUGUGCUUGAUGUUUAAAGUAGUAUUUUUUUUCUUGAAUUAUACAUAAUAAUAAUAUAUUAUAAACUAUUCAUAAAGGAACCAGCAAAGCCUUUUAAUUCCUUUA